AUGGCACUCCAUGCCAUUGGAUGCGCCGGGACGCCGUACGCACAGCCAGAAUCAGCCUCGCCGCUAGAGGCGCUGCGCAGCCCGCCCUGUGCUGCUCUCCUCGCGCUCCCGCCACGAGGGGGCCGCGUGCCACUUCUGGGGAAAGGGGAGACGACCGAGCUGUCGCAAUCGGGCCGCAACCUACCAAGGGCGCUGCCUAUUGGCCCGACGCUGGAAAGCCAACGGACGUCGCCCCUCAGCGCUGCUUCUGAUUUGUUGCCCCUCCGCCCCAUCCCCCACCCCGAGAUGGACCAAUGGCAGCUGCCUGGGCGCGGCCGCGCAACCAAUGAAAAGGAAAAGGUGUCAGCAGCCGGCCAAUCGAAACCGAGGUACGCAGAGCGUUUGGUUAAAUACCAAUGCGAGGCCGGGGCGGGACUUCUGGGGGCGACAGAGCCAAUGGCGCGGCGGCGGAGCGGGGAGGAAGGAGGACGUAAGCGGGAGGGGGCGGAGGCGUCCGAGGGGAGAGACACGUACGGCUCGCCAAGGAGCGGCAGCAGCUGUCGUCGCCGAGGCAAGAGGAUCCUCCGCGGGAGGUAAGGGCCGCCGCCGCCGCGCCUCCCUGGGGCCUACUUCCGGUCCCGACCACCCUCGGCCUGCGCGGUCUCCGAAGCCUCCCCUCCCCUCCUUUGAGGGGCCUUUUCGGAAGUGGCCCUCGCGCUCUGGAACCUCCCCUCCGCCCCUUUGUGUCGGGCUCCGCGGAGGGAGGGAGGGAUCCCCUCCGCCUGGUUCUGCCUCUCGGAUUGGUCAGUCUCUUCGGCGGGGGGGGGUGAGAGAGAGCUGACGUCAUAGGGAUCCCCCACCCCUCUCUUCCCCCCCCCGCCCCACCCCCAUAUCACGGUGGGUCGAACCUCCUUCGAUUGCCCGGAGGAGGAAUGGCGGGUUGUUCCCGAAGAUUGGAUCCCGGGCUCCAGGGUCCCGUGGAGUCGACUCUUCCCACGUUAGCUUGUCCCGUGUCUACAGCGUUGGGUUUGUCGCUCGUAGCUUUUAGCCAGAUUACUGUGUUGUUAACUAUUAAAUAGUCUUUGCAAAGCGCGUAAAGGAAGCUUGAGUUUUGCUCCGCUCGCCUGUGAGGGCAGCCCCUGCUAGUGGUAAAUAAUAGAUAACGAUGCAAAGCUUAGGGGGUAAUGAAACCAUUGCGGAGCAACGGAGUUUGAAAACAGGCCUUGUUUAAUCUGAUUUUGUUUCAUUUUGACUGAUCUGUUCUGUAAUCCUUGCGUUUUUGCAUACGUGCAAAGAGAUAAAUGGGGAAUGGGGGGGGGAGUGGCAUGUGUAUUGCUGCUUGUUUUGGCAAGAGUAGGGAGUUUUUUGCUGAGGGGUGGGAAGGUGGGGCGUUAGUGCUCUCAGCUGUCCAGAACUAUUUGGUUUGAGUCAGGGUUAAGCUUAGAGUUGGCCUCUGUUGUCUCUGCUGCUGCUGCUGCUGCUGUCGUCUGUCUUUGUAUUUGAGCAUCGAAAGGACUGGAAGGCAGCCCAUAGAACAUUCCUCUUCUGUAGUCAUGGUAGAUAACUAUUUCCUACCACACUGGCCUCCCAUCUGCUUCAGCUUCCUCACCAUAACUCUCACCUGUGCUUUCAACAUAUUUCAUAGAAUUGUGGAGUUGGAAGGGACCCUGAGGGUCAUCUAGUCCAACCCUCCAAAUGCAGGAAUCUUAACUAAAGCAUCCAUGACAGAUGGCCAUCUAAUCUCUGCUAAGCAGAUGGAGAGUCUGCCACCUCUCUUGGGAGUUUGUUCCACUGUCAAACAGCUCUUACUGUUAGAAAGUUCUUUAGUCAGAAUCUCCUUUCUUGUAGCUUGAAUCCAUUUGUUCAGGUCCAAGCCUCCAGAGCAAAAAACAACUUUGCUCACUCAAUGUGACAACCCUCUAGAUAUUUGAAGAUGACUAUCUUCAGAUGUCAAAAACUCGAGGCAUGGAACCUGCACCCAGAAAAGAUGCAAUAAAACUUGCUGGUAUAUUGGACUACUUGAUUGUGGAAUAGUCUCUGAACUUGCUGUUGGAUAUUUAUUUGGUGAAGUGUUUUCUUUCUUGCAGAUUAUAACUUUUAAAUGUCAUGCUCUGGGUUAGCUGUGUGGAACAUGGCUUACUGGUCAGAGGUGAUGAGUUGUAGUCCAACAACACCUGGAGGGCUGCUUGGUGUUCCCCUCUGCUCUGGAGCAUUAGUAGUGAGGAAUCCCCUCUAUUGUACUGUUUGGGCCCUGGAAUGUGGGUUCAUUCUCAAAACCAAGUCUUGGAUCAUGUGAAAGAACUACAAGGCAUGUGCAGAUAGCCUUUCCCUCCAUCCUGAGCACCACCAGCUUUGUGUAGUCAUGUCCAGACUAAGGAGCAGGACUCCAGAGCAAAUAUAUUUGCGUAUCCCAGGCAGAUUUGAGCCAAAUCAUCUAUAUCUAGAAAUCAGAUACCUCAGCCAGGGAUAAUUUCACCUCACCCCAGUGCAAGUUUGUUUACUUAGAAAAUUCUGUUCCUGUGGUUGUUACAGAUCAAAGGAUCCACACCCAUUGACGUGUUAGGUGAUUUGGUUCAAUGGCAUGGUGCUUUUUGUGCAAAUAGCUGCAACUUCGAACACAUAGUGUUGACGUAGUUCUUGAAUUCCAGCUGCUUAAUGACUUGUAUGCUCUCAUAACUGACUGGUGUUUGGUGCCCUUGGAGAUUAAUAUGAGAACUGGACAUUAAAAUCUGCCCCAUCUACAUCCUGUUAAUAUUGCAUCUUGGGCCUGCUGGAGUAGGGGGCAUCUGGUGCUCGAACCAAAUGCCUCUCCUGAGCUUGGGAUAGUUGGAGUAUGGAACCUGUUGCUUGAGCAGAAGCCUGACGGAUGCUCCACAGUAGAGAACUUCAAAGCUGAUUGGCUGGCUUUCUGAUGUCACAGUGCUCACGUGAUGUUAUGGGUCAUUGUGUGACAUUAUUUUUUUCUCUCUCCUGCCAUUUGGCUGUAAGGAUCAUCCUGCCCAUUAUUUGGGGCUCUAAAGGGGAGGCUUGCUUACCCCUUGCCUCCAUCCUUUUCCCCUUCCUUUCUUUUGCAGCUAGUAAGUUACUGUGUCAGGGUACUGGUGGGUGAAAUGUGAUGGUCUCCUUAGAGCUGUCCCUCUAAGGCAGCCCUCAGUGGUUAAAGGUUAUAGCUAUGACUAAGUGUUAUCUGGUUAGUUAUUGAUAAACGAUCAUGGGUUCUUUAUUUCCUCAUAAGCAGGUUCAUUAUUUAACUUGGAUUACACAAGCACUUCCAAAGUUUGCUUUCUCUUCUGGGAUUUCGUUUUCACUUGUAAUUCUAUUUUGGUUGUGCUAACAUAGAAUCAAGUUACAGCAAGGGUUUACUUUUGGAUGAUAGUUUCCUCUUAAGGGCUCAAUCAAGCCAAGUAAUUUUUGUAAACAUUGGGCUACUGUGGACAGAGCUAGGUUUUGACAUGAGAAAUGGAGAGUUUAAUCUCCCCCACCCCACCCCACAAAAGCUCGCCUGAGGUUUUUGAUCAGUUUUAACUGAAUCAGGAGGAUGAACAUGGAUUUGAAAAGCAUUUACCGCAGGUGUGGUGGCUUGUUUCCCUAUAAACUCUUACAAUAUGCAAGCCUGUGUAUUUCACCUGAAGUUUCCAUGGAUAUUAGGCUUGACCAUUUGACAUUGUUUUGCAAUUACUGUACUACCCCUGGUGGUUGUACAGAGAAGAAAUGUGGGAGGGUUUUUUUUAGGUACUGCUGAGUUGUAGAAAGUGCAGGGGACGUGUCGGACUUUGUCCCGCCAGCCCACUGUUGUCUGCAGUGACUGCAACUCUCGGGGGGCUUUUCCCCAUCACCUGCUGCUACCUUCUUUUUUAAACUGGAGAUACCAGAGAGUGAACCUGGGAGUUGAUGCACAUAGAGCCAUGUGGUCUUGCUGCUGCAAUUCCUCCCCCAAAGGCUACUUCUUGGGUUACCAUGAUCAAAUACACCUGCCCUUUUGCUUAGAGCUAAGAUUGAGGAAAGUUGAGUAAUUUAAAAGAGACCCUUUGUAUUUAGCUAGUUUAGCAAAGACCACAGCUACUUGAUAAGUCAUCUUAAGAAUCACUUUAUACAACAACAAUGCUGUUCAGUGUUUUUAAGGACUCAGCGUUAUCUAAUUCUGUGAUCCAGUUCUGUGACUUUUCUCUGUCAACAGUUGGCCUAUUCUCCUCCUAAGCACCUUCUAUAAAAGAGAGACACUUGAUAGCUGUAUGGAGAGUGAUUUACCAGUGACCUGAAGUUCCCAAUCUUCACCUUGGCUAAGGGUGCUGUAGCGGCAGCAUUGCUUUGAACAAUCUAGUCUCCUGGAAGCUCAGGAAGACUAUUGUUUCAGCGUACUUUCAAACAAUGCCUACAAUCUCAUAGUCUAAGAUCAAAUGCAAGUUUAGACUGUGGCACUCAGCUGGUUGAGAACCUUACUCACUUAUGCUCUAGGUUGAAGCAUCCAUCUUAUUUUUAUUACAACUAGAUAGGUUGCUUGCAGUGUUAGAAACUCAGAUAUAUAAGCUAGGUGCCAAUGGCAACUUAAACCAAAGUUAGUCUCCAAAACGGAAUGCCUAGUUCGCCAUUUUUGGGCCAGAGGGCUCAAAAGUAGUAUUUUUCAGUACAACUUGGUUCCUGAAAUUCAUUCUGAUCGUGCAGAUAAAAUAUAAUGAAUAGAAUUAUACAGGAUGUGUCACUAGUAUGUGAAACAGUCAAGAUCCAUGGAUUCCCAUGGAUGUACCUCCAUCAGUGAUGGCCAAACUUGGCCCUCCAGCUGUUUUGGGACUACAGUUCCCAUCAUCCCUGACCACUGGUCCUGUUAGCUAGGAUGAUGGACGCUGUAGUCCCAAAACAGCUAGAGGGCCAAGUUUGGCCAUCACUGCUCCAGAUGGUGGUGUCAGGCACUAUCAUGGCACCUGGGCAUCUUUACUUGUUCACAAGUGGCCAAUAGCCAGUGAAAUAUGUGCCUAGCAAAUUUUGAACACUGGUUGCUUGUUGGAGGAUUACUGUUAUUAAGUUAGGCCAUCCUAUCAGCAGGGGAAAUGUCUGUUUACUUAAUUAAUAGAGCAGGGGUAGGCAACCUAAGGCCUGUGGGCCGGAUGUGGCUCAAUCGCCUUCUCAAUCCAGCCCACGGAUGGUCCGGGAAUCAGCUUCUUUUUACAUGAGUAGAAUGUGUGCUUUUAUUAAAAAUGCAUCUCUGGGUUAUUUGUGGGGCAUAGGAAUUUGUUCAUUUUUUCCCUUCAAAAUAUAGGCUGGCCCACCACAUGGUCUGAGGGACGGUGGACCAGCCUGGGAAAAACAAAGGAAUUUGUGGCUUCUGCUACUAAAAUAUAGAUACUUUUUUUACCAAAAAGCAGUAGUCUUCAACCUUUUCAGACCCAGGACCCACCUUUAACCCAAACAUGCAUGUGGGUACCAUUUCUUAAUCUUUUAUCAUGGAAUUAUUGUAAUGUUCCUGUUGCAACCCACUUUGGAUCAGACAGAGUAUGGGGGUCCUGAUCCACCUGUUGAAGACCAGUGAUCUAAAGCAACCUGAUGUGUUGGAAGGAGUUUUAAGUUGCAAAGAGUUAAUAGAUAAUAUUUUAAAAUAAUUGUGGUUAUAAAUGCGGUAUGUUUUACAUGUUCUUAGAUUUUGUUUUAGGACUGGCAGCUGGAAAUGGACUCCGGUCUGGAAAAUUUAGUUCCAGUUGGUUUCUAGGUUCAGUUUUACCGAAGAACCAACGUUUAGUUGUAGAGAAAGGUCCCAGAUUCAGCUCCCAGUAUCUCCAUGUUUUUUAAGUGAUUAUUUAUAGCAGGGCUUCCUGAGGUCCUGGAGAGUUGUUGCCGGAUGGAGUAAAUGGAACGGAUUUAGAGCCACGAAUGGGCUGACCUUGUUAUACGGCAGCUUUAUGUGUUUGUUAUGGCCAGAGAGUUGUAAUAAAGAUAGGAAUUUCUUCCAGCUAUUCCUUAAAGUGGCCUGUGGAUCAGCACAGUGACUGAUAGGCACCUUACAGAUGCUUUGCAAAACUCCAAAAGGGACUAUUGUUGGGAGGCAUUUUGCCUUUCCAAUCACCUCUCAGCCUGGCAUGUUUUCACUUUAACAUCCAUUUCCAGAGGCAUCAAGUCUUGAGUGAGAAGCAGGGAGGACUUGCUAAUUUCGCUUUGACUUUCUGGAUCACUGGUUCAUGUUGUGAAUCCUACGUUGGUCUGGCAUCUACAAUAAAGCUCACUCGUUUCACAAAUCCACUUCCUGCUGCCUCCCUCACCCCCUGCCACCCUCAUUUUAUGGAGGAGGCAAACCUCACGUGUUAAAUCUUAUUUAGCAUCUUCGGUCUGGUUUGGCUUCUGUCUUGAAUAGCUCUUAAUAUCUGGGAGGAGUUUGUGGAUGGCAUGUGACUCUCUCUCAUGUUUGCUCCACCACAGGGUGACCCAUUUUGGUGCCCCAAUAUUGACUCACAUGAGAACUUCUUUUCACUUGAAUUAUCUGUUGCAUUUCUUUCUUUCUUUUCUAGCAAGCUUUACCAAAAAUAAGUUUGUACCUUAAGAUGGCCAUUGUUCAGGGUCUCACGAGCAUAAUUUCGCCUUCUGCAUCUGCAGACCUCUGAGAACUGAAAACUCUUUAGAUGUAGAGCAAAUCAAAGCUGGAAGAGGGUUACGGUAGUACCUCUGAUUACGUACUUAAUUCGUUUCAGAGGUCUCAACAACUUUGGUUGGCCCUCACGCAUGUUCACUUCAUCAAAUCUGGCCCUCUUUGAAAAAAGUUUGGGCACCCCUGGUGUAUAUGACUUCUUGAGGCAAUGGGAUCACCCUGCUUUCUUGAAACUGGGAGCCUUUAGCUUUUCUGCUGGCAGCAUUUGACUUUCUCUGUUCCAGGGUAUGGCUAAAAUGAUCCUUGCUCAGCAGUGUCUUGAAAUGGCAUGAACUCUGUAGCUGGGAUCUUGCAAUCUGUUUUCCAAGGGAGAUGAACCAAGUCUUACACUCCCAGGUCUGAGAUUUCAAGGCAGGGCUACUUCAUUCCUGAACAUGAGCACAUGUGCUCUCCUACUCACAUCCAAUCUGCAUCCUACAAAGUGCAGUCAAGCUGGCCAACUACCCUGCUCCUAGAUAAGAAUUGUCUAAUGUGAGCCUCUGUUGAAGCAACAGGAGGCUAAAUUACAUUUUUUUAAAGCAGUCACAACCUGGCUCUGGCAAAUCACAAUUCUAGGAAUUCAGUUUAAUGUUUUAUUUGUCAAAUGGGACGAGGGGAGGGAAGUGACUUUAAAUUCAGAUGUUCCAGGCUUAUACAAAAGCAUCUGGAUUAUAGGCAGCCCAGCAUCAAGCUAGAGUGCAGCAGAACAUAGUUAUUUCUAAAAGUGAAAAUACAGAAAAAAGAAUAUUGCGUGGUUUGACUAGAUUCAUGGCUGCACUGUGGCAAUAUGUGAGAUACGUAAGGAACCUUUGGAUAUGGUGUCUUAAUGACAGAACAAACCAACCAAUAGUAUGUUGAUCUUUGGGGUUGGUUGCAGUAUUGGUGCCAUUAAAAAUUCCUCCAAUUCAUGGAUUUUCAUUCUCAAAUCACAGAGAAAAGGACCCACAAUUGCCUGUAUUAUUCUAGAACACCUCAUGCCGGGGUUUUCUGUGGCUAUUGUGAAGCCUUCUCAAACUGAUGGUCUGCCUUGGACUUAAUAGCUCUGUUCCAAAUUCUAUAAAACUGCUCACAGAGGGGCAAAUACACUAGUCCAUGUUUACAGCAGUUAAUAAAUGUGUAAUUGGUUAGCCAGUUGCUCCUUCUGCUGUUUUACUCUUCAUAAAAUGAUGAAAAAUUUCCAGAAAUUUUGAAACCACUGAAGAAAAAUAGUGAGGAAGAUUUAUUUAUUUAUUGCAGGCAAGGACAUUUUGGGGGAAAUAGGAAAAUAUGCACUAAUCAUUUUUAGUGCUAUUUACAAAUUGAGCGUCACUUUAGGAAAGUAAAAUGUAUUAACUUGGUUUGCCAUAGAAUGAUCAUGUUUGGUAUGUUAAAUAAAUUUACUUCUUUUUACAAAAAUUAUAUUUUGUUACAAAUAGAGCUACAAGCCAGUUAUAUGGUGCAGGCAGAAUAAAACUAGAAGAAACCAUAAACCAUUAUAGUUGAGCAAAGAAAAUUAUUAUGUUUUCUGAAAGUUGUUAAAUCUCCUUCAGCCCUCCACAGUGUCAAGCAGACAUAAAUCACUCAAUUCCAUAAAAGAAAAAGACUGGGGGAGAACCCAAGACUCAGUGAAAUGAUAUGAAAUUAAAUCAGUCUCAUUUUCUUAGCUAUCAAUUUCCGCAUCUUCAUAGUAAAGGUAAAGGGACCCCUGACCAUUAGGUCCAGUCGUGGCUGACUCUGGGGUUGCGGCGCUCAUCUCGCUUUAUUGGCCGAGGGAGUCGGCAUACAGCUUCCGGGUCAUGUGGCCAGCAUGACUAAGCCGCUUCUGGUGAACCAGAGCAGCACACGGAAACGCCGUUUACCUUCCCGCCGGAGCGGUUCCUAUUUAUCUACUUGCACUUUGAUGUGCUUUUGAACUGCUAGGUUGGCAGGAGCAGGGACCGAGGAACGGGAGCUCACCCCGUCGCGGGGAUUGGAACUGCCGACCUUCUGAUCGGCAAGUCCUAGGCUCUGUGGUUUAAGCCACAGCGCCACCCGCGUCCCUUUUCUGCAUCUUCAUAUCUGUCGUCAAUUGAUGACAGAUUUGAGACCUACUCAUGUGGUCUUCAGAAGGUUCCAUGGUCAGGGAUUAUGGGAGUUGAGCAACAUCUGGAGGGCCACAGUUUCCCCAUCCUUGGCACAGAGUGCUUGAAACUGGAGAGAACUCACUUUUCUGGUGCAGGGAAAAUGCCUUUGGCACUCCUUGUCAUUACACUGCUAUUUUUCCAUUUACCUCUCAGCUUGCCUGCAGCAGGUUGGCCUUGCACACAGCAGCAGUACAGAUGAAGAGGUCUGCUAAGAGCCAUGGGGUGUGCGUGCGUGCACAUGUUCCUUGUGUGUGCUGUCACUCUUUUACUUUCCAAUGCUAGUGACAGCAACUUCACCGAAGCCUCUGAUUAUAACGUAAUGACAAACUCAGGGGCGAUUGUUUUAGGGUCCCGGGCUUCAGCCAUUGGCCACAUGUGCAGGUAACACUAAGCCAAACUAUUAUUUAACACAAAUGUGCAAACAUGCUGGCUUCUUAGGAGGAAAUCACAGCCACUUUAAUCUUCCCUAGUCCUUUUAGUUUAGCAUGGCAACCCAUCCAAGGUUUGGCUUAACAUGUUGUCUGAACCUGGACUUGUGGUUAAGCUCUCCUUCUUAAUCGUGCUCUUUAGGCAAUGGUUUGUUCUUGGCUACAAUUUGUAGCUAAGGAGACAACUUAAGCACAAGGACUGAGGGAGGGACAAAGUGAGAGCGAGCUUCUCCCAAGGGGCCAGCACAUUCACAUGAUCGUGGUAAACUGUAGCUUGGUUUACUUCAGGGCCUUGCUAUCAUGACGCUGCAAAUGUGCUUGAGUUGUGCAGAAAGGAUCCUCUUCGCUUGAGAGGAGUGAUAAUGGGCUACAAGCUGGAUCCCUUAGAUUUUUCUGCCUGGGGUUGGGAUCUGUCAGCCCUAAGUGUUGGCUGGGACCAGGAAGAUCAGUCUUCCAACCUCUGCACAAAGAAAGCUAGGUGGCGUUGGAAGUUUCUUGGCAUAACCUACUUCACAGGUUACUGUGAGAAUAAAAGGAAGUGGCCCCAUAGGCAUCAUCCUGAACACUUGGAAGGAAUGAUCAGAUUAGAUCUGCUUUUUAAAAAAGUAGGAGACAGAUACUUGACAGGCAUUUUCCAUCUCUGCCAAAGGAGGAAGUGCCAUCAUGUCACCCCAUGCCAUAGGUGUACAAUUACUGCAGUAUUUGCAUUUCCUUAAUGCUAGCUCUCCUUGCUAGACAAUCCAGGCCUACUUUUGUAAGCUUGCCCAAGAGCCUUCUCCUCUCUGUCAAAAGGGUAAGGAAUUAGUUGCUGAACUGGUUUUCAUAUGUCAAUUGCAUCAGUUGCUAGAGGCUACAUCAGGUAUCAUGAUAAUUUCGGGGGGGGGGAUUGCACAAGCGGACAGGGGCAGUCAUAUCACACUUGUGGUGCUCUCCUGGGCAGGUAAAAUACCUGUACAUGUUGGUGCAUAACACAACAAAGGGGAGGGAUCCCACCUUGAGCAACAGGGAGCAAUGCAUUUGUUUCCCGGUUGCUCUCUGGCUAUGGCAGCUACAUGGCUUGUAACUCCUCCCCAUCUCUGCCUGGGGAGGUCAUUAGGAAUGCUAAUGCAAGUGUUUUCCAGCUGCCAAGCUGUGAAGCAAAGUUCCCCAGUGAGGCCAAUUCCCCCACUCCCUGAGAACUUGCAGUUAGCCUUGCAACAGCCUGCAAUAAUUGCACCAUAGAUACCAAGAGGACUUGGAGCCAGUGAAACAGUUGAAGCCUCUAGAUUGUCCAGACUACAACGAAGGGGAUCAGCUUGCAGGCAGGCAGUGUGUGGGGCUGGGCUUGGCGAGUCUAAAGUAAGCAUCCUCUUCUUUGUUCCUUAGCACGGUGGGGUGGGACAAAUAACCUUCUUCUUGAGCCUUUGUUUGUGGCUAGUCCCAAGUCUUCUCCUCCCUCCCUCUCGCUGCAUAUUUGGAAAUCUGCGUUCUUGGUUGAGAUUUAGAUAGAAUCUGCCCUGAAGGGGAGGCUGGAUAGAAGAUGCAUGUGCGUUUUCUUGAAGUAGGGAGAGCUGUUUGAAGGUUCUGCAUUCCAGGAGUAACAUCUUGCUUGACCUUCCAUAGGGGGGUCUUUGACUUCUCUCUCUUGGCCCCUGACAAAGUAGGCUCAAAGUUAGUAAGAUAGUUGCAGUAUAUCUCUAUUAGAAACCCUGUAUCCUAGUUAACCUGUUUGAAGUUGAACAGAGACUAGGAGCUCUGAAGGAGUACUGGUGUUCCUAGACUACUACAGUGGUACCUCGGGUUAAGUACUUAAUUCGUUCUGGAGGUCCGUUCUUAACCUGAAACUGUUCUUAACCUGAAGCACCACUUUAGCUAAAGGGGCCUCCCGCUGCCACUACGCCGCCAGAGCACGAUUUCUGUUCUCAUCCUGAAGCAAAGUUCUUAACCCGAGGUACUAUUUCUGGGUUAGCGGAGUCUGUAACCUGAAGCGUAGCAUAUGUAACCCAAAGUACCACUGUACUAGAAAGCAGGUGUGUGUGGGGGGGAAUCGCUUCUGGAGCAGCUCUAUGGGCUGAAUAAUAUUGCUUAAAGUAUUUUGAGCAGCCAUAUAGGAAGAACUUGAGUUUUGUCGCUAAAAGGGGCAGGUGUUUCCAGGUGUUCAUGGAUCACAUUGGUCAUUCCUGGGAAAGAACUGUACUGUCUUUCUCCACCCCCACCUCUCUGAUGUGGCCUUCUUCAUCUUUUUCUGCAGAUUGAGUAUUUUGACACCAAGAGUUGCGUCAGUCUACCAGCUAGCACAAUGGAUGUCUUCAACAGGAACAUAAAUGUUGAUGCCCUCUUCAAAUUCUCCCACAUGUGAGUAUACCCUUGGCCUGUGUUUUACUGCAGGCUGCAGUUUUGCAGGAGGUUGUUUUUAUUUGUCAUUUUUGGUGCAUGAAAACAGCGAGGUAAUCUUGUGAUUGGUCCCUUAUUGUGGAUGGCGAAUGGGGAUGAGGGAGCCAGAAAUAGGGUUUUACUGCUUCCUGUGGCCCUGGGUGCAAGACUGUAUACGUGUUGGGCUCAGAAUAUUCCACUUGAGCAAAAACUUCCACUUCAAUAAAAACUAAAUUCUGCAGCUGGUGGAAGUUAAGCAAAUGCAUGUUUCUUAACUUGCCUGCUUGUGUAAUCUGUUCUGCUUCUGUCAGUUAUGGGAUAGACAAAGAACUUUUCUUGCAUGUUCAGCCAACCUUCUCCUGCUUCCCCCAUCACAGCCUUUUGAGACUACUACAAAUAUUGACUCGCACUCUAGACCUUGAGGCUGAAGUGUGUGUGUGUGUGUGUGUUUUGUUUUGUUUUGUUCUGUUUUUCUAAAGGGCUUGUUGAGUAUAAAUUCAUCUUUUAAGGUUCUCAGGAUUUACUGUUUGGUGUUUCUUACCAAAUUUUGUGCAAGCAUUUCCCCACUUAUAUGUGAGUCGGUAGAGGCCAAGGCUGGAAAAGCAUUUACAUGGUUUAGUGCCAGCACCCAUUUUUUAGGAGCACCUGCUGUGCAGUACAAAGUAGGUGCUGCAAACCAGCACCGAACUUGUCAGGGAUUUUCCUAGUUUUGUCAACAGCUCUAGCUCCUCUCUUAGCCAAUCUGAGAAUAUCUAAUACCAUCUCCCUGGGGAAAGUGGUGUCCCAGCUCCAGAAGCUGUGAGUCAAAUGCCUUUAAAUUGGGGGGGUGGAUUGUCAACCCAUGGGUCAGAUGCAGCUGCUGUACACUCCCCACCUGGCUUGCAGUGCCCUUUCCUCACCCCACUGCAAUUAGGCGGCUUGAAAGAAAGUCUUCUGUUGCCUUUAGUAUAAGGCUUUUGUCAAGCCUAUGUGCAGUGGAGGAGGCGUGUCUUUACGGGAGUUCCAGCUGGGGAGUGUUUAAACCCACACAAAAAAUGCCCCUCCCCACCGUUAGUCUUGCGGGGUAAAGCCUUAUUGUUGCAGCAAGGAAACCCACCUUCCACUCACUGCAGUCUUCAGGAAGAUUGCCCCCUCGGCCAGUUAGACUUGGAAAAAAGCUAACAUGCUUUUUCGAGUUACAGGUAGGUAGCCGUGUUGGUCUGCCGUAGUCGAAACAAAAUAAAAAAAAUUCCUUCCGGUAGCACCUUAGAGACCAACUAAGUUUGUUAUUGGUAUGAGUUUUCGUGUGUGUGCAUGCACAUGAAAGCUCAUACCAAUAACAAACUUAGUUGGUCUCUAAGAUGCUUUUUCAAGCCUAACUUGGUUCGGGGACUGUGCGUAGUGGUGCUGACUAGGCAUAACGUUUGUGGGUGAAUGGCUGCACUCACUUGGUCUUGGCAAGGCCCACUGUAGGCAUGUGCCCCCCUCAGGUUGGAAAGGCUAAAUAAGUUCCCCCACCUCCGUUCCUCAGGUGCUCUGUGGUGGAUCCAGUGUUGUUUGUUUAGUUUGCUAAGUGCCCCGGAGCUGGCAAACAGCCAGCCAAGGAGCAGCUGUGCUUCUAGGUGCUUUGAGAUGCAACGACACUGACUGACUGUUUCUUCCCUUUGCCCUCUGCAGCUCCGCAUCAACCCAGCAGCACCUGAAGAAGGUCUAUGCUAGCUUUGCGCUAUGCAUGUUCCUGGCAGCGGCUGGUGCCUACAUCAAUGUGGUGACUCAGCUGGUGCAGGUAAGUGUGCUCUGGCGCUGAUGUGUGUACGGGCUGUGAGGUCACCUUGACUGUUGGGGACUGGUGCUUGCAGGAUGGCUUCAGGGAACGGAGCCCAGCCACAGCCUUCAGAAAUGAACGGCACAGGAUCCUGUUGGGUAUGGUUUUCUGGGCCAUAUCUUGAUAGAGCAGUCCUUCGUCUGCUUUCCUAGCAGUCUGUCGCACUAUGUUCGCUGAUUUCUUAGGACUUACUCCUGAUGAAGCAUGUUCAGGACUGCAGCCCAACAGUGGUAGCUGGGAACCCAGUGGUGUAGUAACGGAGCCAUUUCAGACUGGGGGGGGGCGGCGGGAAUGAUGUGCCAGCUAGUUCAAUCUGUUUUUAAAUUAUUGGAUAGAUUACAUUUGAAUAACAUUAAAACCCAAACUCAUGAAGCAUCUUGGUGUCUCGUACUCAUUGGCCAGAACAGUGGAAAAUGAAAGAAUCAUUUCCAAGAGUGCAGUUGGGUAGAAUGCUGCUUCCCAUGUUUUUUUCUUAAGUCUGCAGUGAAAGAAGUUAAAGUCAAAGGAAAUCUGAGUGAGCUGAAAAGCCUGCAAAGGGGCCUAGAGUAUCUUUGAGGAAGUCAGGUUAUCUAUGGCUGUCACCCUGUCUAGACUAUAGAAUGCACUGGAUCAUUCAAACGAAACCACCUGAGCUCCGUGGGGUAGAUUUCUGCCACUUCUGUUCCUGCGCAAUGCCUUUCCCAACCUCUGCUCUGUGCUCAGCCUGUACUAACUUCCACCCUUCCCACUUUCUCUUGCAGUUUGGAAUGCUGACUGGCCUGGGAGCACUGGGUCUUAUGAUCUGGCUGAUGGCUACACCCCACAACCAGGGAACCGAACAGAAACGGCUGAGCAUGCUGGCAGGCUUUGCCUUCCUCACUGGUACGUGAUGCUGGAAGAGUCAGCUGGAGUUACACUUCAUUAACUGCUUUUGGUGUUCAUAUACUACUUUUUAGCAAAAGGUUCGAGGACCGGUCAGAGCAGUGUAAAAAAUACAAUAUAAAAAUCUUUUAAAAAGAUUUAAAAAGACAUGGGUCUUCUGUAAGUGAAAUAUACAAUUCAUGUACUGAUGCAUCCAAGCCCUUCUGGCAGAGCAGCAAAGAUGCCUGCAGUUGUUAUUCAGAUGUGUGCCUGCAGCAGCUGCCUAAGAUCACCCCACAGGGGAGUGGCUCUUGCAUGACAUGGGUGUAUGAGUGUGCGUGGGCCAAGAGGGAGGCCAAAAUAAUCCAGCCAACUCUGAUCGGCACAGGAGUGGUUGCCACACAAUGAUUUGCCCCAUAUAGAACUACUUUGAAGAUUAGGGCCCCUUAGUUGCUGUCUAAAUACUGAGAUUUUCAAAACUGUUUCUACGUGGCAUUUUGUACUUGGGUUUCAGUUUAGGGUCAGGUGGGGGGAAACAAGACAACCUGUAUGUUUGUUCUGAAGGGUGCACAAUACACACAGGGUAACCAUUUUGGCUUUCUUCGAAAUACAUGGUGAAUGGACAAGAAUUCCGUUCUCUCUCCUGCCUCUUGGCUGAAUUUGUACCCUUUGUCCUUCCAGGAGUCAACCUUGGACCUCUGCUGGAGAUGUGCAUUGCCAUCAACCCAAGGUAAAAGGAAAAUGCCACUCUGUUGCCCCUUUCCCUCACCACACCUGACAUACACACUUCAAGGGUCAAAUUCAAAUGAGUUGGUGGACCAGAUUCCUUUCCCACUGAUUCCAGUGGACGCACGCAUGACCCUCCCCCCAGCACAAAAAAGACCCCUGACCAGUUCUUUUUGAACUUAAAUCAAACAAUAACUUUAAUUGGAAGAGCAAAAAGAUUUCCUCCCGCCCUAUACCUCUAAGCAUACUUCCUGUUCAUAACACAAUAUUUUUGAUAUGGAUUGUGAUUCCAAAAGUCAUGCCUUUUCAUCUAAGCCAUCUCCUUGCAGCCCACCACUUGCCCAAAUCUCUCUCCUGCCCCACAAAUACAUCUAAGCAAAAUGCCAUCUUUGCUCUACAAAGAACAUCCACUUCAAAGUCCUGAAUGAGGUUCAUUAACUUGCAUGGAGCAUGAGAUGAACCUGUGGGUCUCACUGGGGCUGCUAAAGGGCAUUUUACAGUGUCCCCGUGGCUUAGAUUUGUCCAUUCUGGUGCAGGCAUCAACUAUUGCUUUUUCCUCUCCCGAUAGCAUCAUCCCAACAGCUUUCAUGGGGACAGCAGUGAUCUUCAGCUGCUUUUCGCUGAGCGCCCUCUAUGCCAAGCGCCGUGCCUACCUGUACCUAGGAGGUAAGAUUGCCAGGUGGUCAUCAUCUCCCCUCCCCCUCCCACCUUAGAAAGAACCCUUCUAGUAACCUUGCAGUGCCCACCACAGCUCUGCUUUCAUUUUUCAGGUGUCCUGUUCUCCGGCCUGUUCCUGAUGCUGUUCUUCUCCCUGAUCAACAUUUUUGUGGGCUCGACUUGGCUCUUCACGGUGAGUGCCUUUAUGCCCUUGGGCUCUGUUGGCUUACAGAAGGCCUGCAAGGUUGGCUGCCUGUGAUAGCAGCAGCAUCUCAUUCCAGCAAAGCUGCCUUUUUCAGCAUGGAGCUGGCAGCAAACCUGCCCUGGAAUAGCCCCCUGUAGUGACUGCCAAGAGGUGCUCAGCUUCCCCUUUGUUUUGGCUUCACUGAAAUAAAGGCCGGCCAAUGUGCACUCCUGCACUUUAAUAAUUAUCAUCAUCAUUUUUUAAAAACAACAACCCAGGAUAACCCAAAUUCCAUGAUUUGUAUAAACUAUAGAAACCUUACAGAAUUCUACUCUUGGUAGUCUUGGGAAGAGGCAAAGACCUAUACAGUGGUACCUCGGGUUAAGAACUUAAUUCAUUCUGGAGGUCCGUUCUAAGCUGAAACUCUUCUUAACCUGAGGUACCACUUUAGCUAAUGGGGCCUCACGCUGCCGGAGCACAAUUUCUGUUCUCAUCCUGAAGCAAAGUUCUUAACCCGAGGUACUAUUUCUGGGUUAGCGGAGUCUGUAACCUGAAGCGUUUGUAACCCAAGGUACCACUGUAUAUGAACUUGAAGCACCACCUUCAGAUCAAUACAAAUCAUAUUCAUACUCCUUAGACCUCUGAGAUCAAAUACAUAUCUGCAGCCAGAAGGGCUGGGAAGUUGGGUUUAAAAAAAAAAUAAAAAUCUAAGUGCACUCCUUACGAUUUUUGGGGUUCUGAAUGAGGUGGCCCCUCAUUUUGCAGUCUUUCCUCAUUGUGCCAUGAUUAUGCAGGAAACACAGCCCUGAAUAAUUUAAAGCAGUAUGAUUUCUGGGAUUUAGGAAUGUAUAUCUUUAGCAGGUGGGUAGGGCCAAUCCGAGGAAUCUGAUUUAGCUGCCCUUGGCCUGAUGCAUGUUCUUCCUCCUCCAGGCUAACCUCUACAUUGGGCUUAUGGUGAUGUGUGGCUUUGUGUUAUUCGACACUCAGCUCAUCAUUGAGAAGGCCGAGAAUGGAGAUAAGGACUACAUCUGGUGAGUACAUGGGGUGUGGAAAUGGUAGCUGCUGGGUGUCCAGUGGUGGGGUGGGGGGUAGGAGUUAAGAAGAAGGCAAGGUGGACCAGACAGAGUAGAGGAACAGAGGAGUAAAGAUCUGGGAGUUGCGGCAACGGGAUAGGGGAAAGGUGCAACAGCAGCCUUUUAUUGUUGGAUGCAAUAUGAAAAAGGCAAAUAUCCUUUGUUCUGGAUGGCCACAGAGCUGGGCAAACUGGAAAUGGGCUUGAAUUUCCAGGAAGAGAGGCUUAAAAUGCUUCCUAGCUAAAUGAACCUGAAUUUAACUAGGGAGCAAUGUACCAAAUGGGGAAGGAAGCCUGGGGGUGGCAGAUGGUGUCUCUAGCAUCAGCCACUUACAUAGGUUGUGCUGUUUAGAGGAAGUAGCGUCCAGUAGGAAUUCUGGCCUAAUACUUCAACUCCUUCUUUCUCUCCCUGCCCAGGCAUUGUGUGGAUCUCUUCUUGGAUUUUGUCAACAUUUUCCGGGAGCUUAUGGUCAUCUUGGGCAUGAGCGAGGUGAGCAUCGCCUCAUGGUGGCAGGGAUCAUCAUUUAUUCACAACACACCUUGUAUGUCCUAGAUUAGGGGUGGCAGACCAACGGCUUGUAGGCUGGAUCAGGUCUGCCAAGACAUUUUAAAUGGGCUACCAGCCCAGGGUUGAGAUGGGCAGGAAGGGUCCCUGUUUUUUGCUGUUCAGGCAUGGAAAUUCUCCUUCCCAGCACAGCACAGGGAUUGGUAUGGUGAGCGCCUUCGUGUCUCUUUGAGCACAGUGCCUCUGUGCGAGAGCAAAUGUCCCGUGGCAACUUUGGCCACGGCUGACAUGUGGCCCUUGGAGGGUUGCUCAACCUUGAAUGUGGCCCUUGGCCGAGAACGGUUUAGCAUCGCUCACCCCACUCUAUGCAGAUAGGCAGGGAGGGGGGAGCUUGCUGAAAGCAGACCGAUUGGAGGCGCAGUGCCAGAUUUGCUCUCAUCGAAGAGCCUCCGCUGGUCACGCUCCAGAACGCCAAGCUGGUUUUGUUCCCAGGGUCCAGGGCACUGAUGUGGUUUUGUCCCUUUCUUUCAGAACAAGAAGAAGAAAGAGAAGUGA